GGUCUAAUGCCUUUAGAAUGGUCACUCAUGAGAAUUUUUCUGAGCAUUCAGACAACAUGCUGAUUGCAUUGUGUUGGUUUUUGGAAAGAUCUGUAAUGAUCUACGACCUUCUAAGCCCGCUAAUCUUAUCCGCUUGUAUAUAGUUACGUACAAUGGGAAGAUGAAAUUCACUGGCAGAUUUGUCUGUCCUUGGUAAGUCCUAGGGUAGUUGUUUAAUUCUUUCCCCCUCUUCAUUUGGAACUUAUCUAGUAUGUGGCUGAGCAGAAGUUGGGAGCAAGCCUGAACUUGCUUGCGUUUGUUGAACUUAUCACUGAAAGUGAGGUUGGCUUGCCAUGUGCUUCUGAAAAUUUCUUAAGGCUAAUAUUAGUACUGUUCUUAAAAGAAAAGCAAGUUUCUUUUGAGUAUGGACUAAUGAGAAAGAAUAUUUCUAUAUUCAGCUAUUUCUUUUUGUUCACACGUUUAAUUAAAAGCUGGUUUGCUUGCUUGCUUCAGCUUAGGUUCAUUUGUCAUGGCACAUUUUCCAGUCAGUGUCAUACUGAAAGUUUUUCCAAUUCGAAAUUCACGGAGUGAUGGCUAUAUCAGUUGGUACAGGUUUUGAGACUAUUAGAUGCAGGAACAUAUCCUCCAUGUGAGGAAGAGUCCUGAAAGUGAUGCAUUGCUUUUCUGUACCAGUAUUGUCCUGUAUUCUUUGGGGCAAUGCAGUUAUUGAUUUCUUUUGGAAAAAAAAAUAGCUGCUCUGCCACUCUGAGUUCUUCUGCCUCAUUGUUGCAGCUCCUUCCAAAAGAGUGAGAGAAGAAGGAUCUUAAAAUCAUUUUGAAGAGGGUGUGAGAAACAUCAUCUCUGCAAUAAAGUUGAAUAAUCCCUUCUAAGACUUAGGAUGUACAAAACAAAUUGCAAUUAGUCACGUGCCAAGAGUAUAUUUGCUUGGAAGAAAAGACCAGAUGGAUCUCCUUGUAUCACUUUUUUUUUUUUUUUUCCUCCAUAGCUAUCUGCACACUGUUUACUUAUUUUUGUAAAACUGAUUAGUUGAGUGUCUUCCAAGCAGCUUUAUUUUGUAUUCCCACUCUAGCAGUCUUCCCGUUUGUAUAAAUUCAUCAAAUGGUUUUUUAUCUAGGUUACUCUACACUGGAGGAUAUGAGAGUGUAUUAUGAACCAAUUUUAUUUAGGCAAGACCAGAUCCUCCUCUCCAUCUUCCCUGUUGUUUUUUUGUUUGUUUGUUUUUGAUACUUAUUUUUGCCGAAGACAGUGGGACAAUCUAUUCUACACUGCUUCUGAGAGUGAAAGUAUGGAUGCAGCCUAUAAACUAAACUUAGAUACUACUGUCUACUUAAAUUUCCCUCAUGAUACAGAUAUUGAUGUGAAAGUAAGUAUAUAAAUGUGUAUAUAUUGCUACAUCUUCAUAUACAAUGUUGUGCAACCUUUUUUAAAGUUUGCUAUGCCUUAUUCUGCAGUUCAAGUUAUGGAGGAGAAUGCAUUCUUUUUCACUGAUACUCAUUACUUGGAAACAGUGUACUAGUUUGGAUGAGGUGUUCCUUGAGUUCCAUUUUUCUGUAUGCUUUUUGAGGCUAAAACAUUGCAACGUGAGAAAUGAUUUUACUAUUUAUCCUCUGGCCUGUGAUAUAAACACUCACCUGUUUGUAGAUUUGUUAGUUACUUAAAGCAUCAUCUGAGAGCAGUUAUACCAAAAUAAACAUAACCCUCCCCCCCGGUGCACUAACACAUGGCAGUGAACUUGCUACCUAAUGAGCUGUACAGGUAGGCCAGUUUUGUACAAUUUCUUUAAAAGGGCUUCAGCUGGAGAUGACUGCUGAAAGAAAGAAUGACCUUGGCUUCGGCUCCUAGCAUUGUUGGCAUUUUGUGGUCGAGAAUAUCUCUGCAGCAAGCAACUUCUUCCUUUCUCAGUCUGCUGUGCACUAUGUUGCAAAAUGUGCAGCAAAAAGAAAUGAUGUUCUGCAAAUUUGGAAGCAGAGUUUGUUCUACAGUAGAUAAUCCAUUGUGUUCUGGUUUGUAGAGAGAUGGAUCCAAGUAACUGAUAAUAUGAAGUUGUUUGAGUUGCUGAAGUAACAGAACUGGAGGUGUUCCAGCAUAAGGUGUGGGCAGAGCUACUGCAUGUAGAAAACAAAGUACUUAGACACAGAAAAGUGUUUGCAGUCUUUAAAAAAAACUGAAGUGCUUUGAAGAAGUGUCUCAGAGAAACUGGUGUUUUCUGUUGGCUGACUGAUGACAAAUUUAAGAGAGCUCUGUUGCUAUUAAUUAUGCAUUUAUCCUGACUUUUUCUACAUGACCGUGAGGGGCAAUAUUCGGAAUGAAGCUGCCAUCAUGUCAUCCACAGGCAGUGGCACUGAUAUUGAAGAAUUUUUGGUCAACAUUAACUUGGGACAAUAUCUUCCUAACUUUAAAGAACAUGGAUAUAACAUUGUGACAGACUGUAUGGGAAUAAAUAACAGUGCACUUCAGCAAAUGGGAGUAUUGCCUACAGGCCAUCGCAGAAGGAUACUUAAGCAGUUAGACACUGCUCUUUCAAAAAUGCAAGGAAAUUCUCUUUCCUGUGACAGUUUAAAACGCAAAGAGUUGAAAGGUUUAGAAAGGAAACAAUGUUUAUUUUCAGACAAGGAUUCCCCAAUAAGCCAUUUAGAAGUAAAUGAAUCUGGCUUGAUACCUGCAAUAUCAUUGGUACAACUUCCUAACAAAGCUUACACUGGUAAAGAAAGAUUCAGAGCUGGAGAGCAAAACCUAUUGGAAGGGAAUGAUGAAAACUUUCCAAACUCAGAUUUUUCUAGUUUAUACCAGAAUUCAGACAGUGUACUAAAAGCUGCAAGUGGAAGUAUGAAGAUGAAUACCGAGUCAAAUACAUUGCUGGACAAAGCUGCUGCAUACCAGACUGAUGAGCACUUGGCUGACUGUGUAGCAUUUUGUGAUCCUCUUUCACUCACUCAUUCGUAUGAAACAAAAUACAAGGAAAACAAACAUCAGAUGUUUGCAGUUGAGGAGGAUCUAUCUGAUAGUGAGACACAUUCACCGUUUGUGAAGUUUAAAGGAGAAAUGAUAGACAAUGACUUAUAUGAUUCUUGUACGCAGAACAGUGUGAAAGUAUUUCCAAGAACAAGCCGAUCUUUUAUUUUAAGGCAUCGACCAGUACCAGAAAUCCCUGAAUCAAGCAAAGUUGAAACUUCAUUGAGUUCCCUUAAGAAAAGAAGAAACGUGGACGUUACAGACAUAUCUUGUGCUGGGAGGAAAGUUUCACAAAAAAAAACUUUCUCGGAAGAAAAGCCACCUGUCAUAUCACCUUAUGGAGAAACCUUUUUUUGGGACAACCUUAAAGAUGCUAAAGAACGUCAUAGGAAUGAAUUCCUGGCUUGUGAAAAUAAAUCAGAUUUGGAAAUGUCUGAAGAAUAUUCUUCUAACAGGAAUAUAUGUUCCCUUAAUAAUCAAGAUGAGAAGACAAAGGAAUGUGUGAAAAAUGAAUCUUUGUCUCAGGAAAACAAAUCAUUACCUCCAGAAGACUUGGAAAGCGAACCUGUAUAUUCUAUUGUGGAUCAGUGUUCUUUUUCUUCCAAGAAAAAUGAAAAUAAAACCAAUACCCACUCAUCAUCCUGUAAGAACCAAUGUGGAGAAUCAUAUUGUCUGGUCAGUGAACAAAUGGAUUCUCAACAAUUUGAUGGAGCUCAAACUUCAAUUGCAAAUGAAUCAAUAGCACCAUAUGCUUGCUUUUAUGGAUCAUCAGUAAAGAAGGUUAAAGCAGGAUGGCUGGAUAAAUUAUCUCCUCAAGGCAAACGUAUGUUUCAGAAGCGCUGGGUUAAAUUUGAUGGAGACAGCAUUUCUUAUUACAAUAAUGAAAAGGAAGUGUUCUCAAAGGGAAUAAUACUACUUUCUGCUAUAGCAACAGUUAGAGUUCAUGGAGAGAAUAAAUUUGAAGUUGUUACAUCCCAUAGGACUUUUGUCUUCCGAGUGGAUAAAGAAGAAGAAAGGAAUGACUGGGUUGAUAAAAUACUCAAUGCCGUGAAAUCUCAAUCUGAUAAUAACCCUCAGUCUCGAAUUUCUGUUGCUCCUGAGAAAAGUGGAUAUCUUGAACUGAAAGGAUACAAAGCCAAAAUCUUUAUUCUUCUUCAAGGGAAUACUGUGUGGAUCUGCAAAAAUGAGCAGGACUUUAAGACAGGAUUUGGUAUCACCUUAAUCCCUAUGAAUGUGGCAAAUGUAAAACAAGUGGAUCGGGCUGCAAAACAAACUUUUGAAAUAAUUACUCCUUACAAAAGCUUCAGCUUUACAGCAGAAUCGGAAAAAGAGAAACAAGACUGGAUUGAAGCACUGCAGGAAUCGAUAGCAGAAACUCUGUCUGAUUAUGAAGUAGCUGAGAAGAUUUGGUUCAAUGAAUCCAACAGGAGCUGUGCUGACUGUAAAGCUCCCAAUCCUGAUUGGGCAUCCAUCAAUCUCUGUGUUGUCAUUUGUAAGAAGUGUGCAGGACAGCACCGAUCUUUAGGACCAAGAGAUUCAAAGGUCAGGAGUUUAAAAAUGGAUGCCAGCAUUUGGAGCAAUGAACUAAUUGAGCUCUUUAUCAUCAUUGGGAAUAAGAGAGCAAACACUUUUUGGGCAGGAAAUCUUCCUCCGGAUGAAGAACUGCACAUGGAUGCCCCUGCAGAAAAAAGGAUUGCAUUCAUUACACAAAAAUACAAAGAGGGAAAAUUCAGGAAAACACCCUUUCCCCACAAAACCAAAGAACAAUUGAAUAAGGCCCUGUGUGCUGCUGUAGUUAAGCAAGAUGUGCUAGAAACUCUGAUGCUGCUGUUCAGUGGGGCUGAUGUCAUGUGUGCUACUGGUGAUCCUGUUUACAGUACUCCAUACUUAUUAGCUAAGAAAGCUGGACAAAGACUGCAAAUGGAAUUCCUCUACCAUAAUAAGUUCUCAGAUUUCCCAAACUUUGAUACCAGUUUUGAAAGCGGCUUCUCUGAAGAUUCUUCGCAUUCCACUUUUCUAUGUGAAUUUCUAUACAAAGUUUCUUCUAAUUCAACCAAGCUUCUUACAGAGAAGAAAUUAAAAGAAGAUUGCAACAAAAGAUGGUGCACUUUGGAAAGUGGCUUUCUCAGCUACUAUGAAAAUGAUAAAGCUACCACUCCUAAUGGUAUGCUUGACAUCAACGAAGUUAUCUGUCUUGUAGUGCACAAUUCGGAUUACUUUUUAAACAGAGGGGACAUCUUUACCUUUGAAAUCUAUUUAAUGUCGGAACGUGUUUUUCUGUUUGGAGCUGAAACUGCGUAUUCACAAAGAAAAUGGACUUGGGCAAUAGCUAAGCAUUUUGUUCCCCCUGUAGCUGAAUGCUUAUUAGAGAGGGACUGUGACCUGAUUGGCCAGCUGUACUACAAAGAUUGCCAUAACCUGGAUCAGUGGAGAAAAGGCUGGUUUGCUAUAGAAAAGUCAAGCCUUCAUUUUUGUCUUGAAAUGGAGAGUGCUCAAGAAGAUUCCAUAUAUCUAAGGAGGCUACAAGAACUAACAAUCAGUAGCAUGAUGCAAAAUGGAGAAAAAAUAGAUGUCCUGCUGCUUGUUGAAAAAGGAAGAACACUGUACAUUCAUGGCCAUACGAAGCUGGAUUUCAUAGUCUGGUAUACUGCAAUUGAAAAAGCAGCGGGUACAGAUGGUAAUGCGUUGCAAGAUCAGCAGCUCAGCAAAAAUGAUGUUCCUAUUAUCGUGAACAGCUGUAUAGCAUUUGUUACACAGUAUGGUUUAGGUAGCAAGCAUAUAUACCUCAAGAAUGGCAACUCAUCCAAUGUGGCUGAACUGCUGGAAAGUUUUAAAAAAGAUGCAAGGAGUGUUAAACUGAGAGCUGGAAAACAUCGACUUGAAGAUGUGACUGAUGUAUUGAAAAGCUUUCUUUCUCAAAUAGAUGAUGCAAUUCUCACUAAGGAACUCUAUCCAUUCUGGAUUUCUGCAUUAGAUAUGCAAAAUGAAAAGGAACGCGUGAUGAAGUACGGAGCUUUUAUUCGUACACUCCCACCAGUCAAUAAGGCAACUUUGGCUGCUUUAAUUGAACAUCUUUACAGGGUGCAGAAAUGCUCUGAAAUCAAUCAUAUGAACCCUCACAAUCUAGCCCUGGUGUUUUCUUCUUGCUUAUUCCAAACUAAAGGCCAGACUAGUGAAGAAGUCAAUGUAAUUGAAGAUCUAAUUAAAAAUUAUGUGCAACUUUUUGAUGUAAAUGAAGACCAGAUCAAACAAAUGGAUAUAGAGAACAGUUUUAUUACCAGAUGGAAAGACACUCAGGUUUCCCAGGCUGGAGACCUGCUGAUUGAAGUUUAUGUAGAAAGAAAGGAGCCAGACUGUAGUAUUAUAAUCAGGGUAUCGCCUUUGACAGAAGCAGAAGAAUUAACUAAUGAUAUUUUAGGAAUAAAAAACAUUACUCCCAACAAAGAUGAUAUCUGGGCCACUUUUGAAGUACUUGAAAAUGGUGAACUAGAACGUCCACUGCAUUACACAGAGAAUGUUCUAGAACAGGUUCUUCACUGGAGUUCACUACCAGAGCCCGGCACUGCAUAUCUGAUAAUAAAGAGAUUUUUAACAGCAGACAUGAUGAAACUCUACAAUGAGAGAAAUGUGAAGGGUAGUGUGAAAGCUGGCUAUCUAAAGUACAAAGAAGAACCUUCAAAACUGCUGUCUGGAAACAAGUUUCAAGAGCGUUAUUUUGUACUACGGGAAGGAAAUUUGCUUCUUUACAAGGAUAUGAAGGCUAGCAAACCUGAAAAAGUGUUGCCUGUCAACUCACUGAAGCUUUAUCUUGGAGUGAAAAAGAAAAUGAAACCACCAACAAACUGGGAAAUUGUAGUGAUUUCUGAAAAGCACCAAUGGCAUAUAUGUUGUGAUGGACAGGACGCACAGAUAGACUGGAUGAUCAGCAUUUUUACUGCAAAGCAUGCCAGUAUAUGGCCGCCUGCUGGAAAAGCAAGAAAACAGUCUAUAACUAAAAGUCCAAAGAUUGGAGGUUUACAACUAAUUCCCAUUCAACAGGAGAAGAACACUUGUAAAAUCAGAGGGAGUACAGAAGAUAUACAGUUGAAACUGAGGAAACCAAAACUUGAUGAACAUAAUGAAAUUGACCCAGUGGAAGAAAGAAAAAACUUGAAAGAAAAAGCAUCUAUUGUGGCACAGUGUUUAGAACGCAAGGAGGAGAGAGUGCGAAAUCAUGCCAAAACACGUCAGAGUUUUAUCUGUGCUGAGGAGAUGGGUGUGGGAAUGGCUGACCUGUGCCAUAGAUCGCAUAAACCACCAAAAAAAACCAAGAACAAAACAAACAAAAAUACGAUGGAAUUAGAUAACAAACUGCCAUCAAAUUUGAUUCAGGAAUUAAAUACAGUGCUGCAGAAAAACAGAACACUUCAUGAUGAUACAUCCAGCUGAUGUCCUGAGUCUGAAGUUUAGAAUAUAUAUUUUCUGGACAAAAUUAUGUGGCUUUUUUAGCGUGUAUAGUUUGUACAGCGCAGAGAAAACUUGUUUAUAUACUACUGUUGAUUUUGUGAGUAAGCCAUGGUACAAUUUAAGAUUGAACUGAGCUGAUUUUGCAAAAGUUCUGAAAUUUGUUUUGCUGUGUGAUACAUUGGAACCUGGGUUUUCUCUGCCAUUUUUUUUGUUGUUAUUGCAUAUUUUGUUAGAUGGAAGAAUUGUAAGCACUAUCAAAAGCUCUUGCUCUGUUUAUAUUCUGUACCAUCCUGUAAGUAGUGGUGGGAGAUUUUAGAAUGAAGACAAGAUGUACACUGAAAUUCAUGCUGUUAACCUACAAUAUUUUAUUUAACACUAUAAAAAUGAGUAACAUCUGCUUAAGUGUGAUUUUUUUUUUUUUUGCAUAUAAAUUUUUUUAUUUAAGAAUGUCAUGAGUCUUAUUCCAUAAAUUUGUCCUCAGAGCAACAUGAAAUGAAUUAAAAUGGAGAGGGGUACAAUAGAUAAGGCAAUGCGUUAGUUCAAUGAAUUUGCAUCUCUAAACUGUGUCUAUAUUGUGUACAUCUGACUAUGAUAUUUUUUAGAAUUACUUAUGUUGUUACUGCAUUUCAUCCCAUAUAGGAUCAAUUUAUCCUCUCUCCUCAUUCUGGUAAUUACAGGUGCCAUAACAUUUCUCACAUCAGUUAUUUCUAUUCUUGAUUGCAUUGAGGAACUUAAUUGAAAAAAUAAUUUGUUUGAAGAAAUUAGACAAAUUAUUCAAUGUAUCUGGUAAAUCUGUUAGUAAGUAGAGCAGAAGUGAGAUUAAAGUCAAAUGUUAUAUAGUGUUUUUUAUUUAUUCUUCUGGCACAUAGCACUGAGAAAGCAAGUUUUGUUUUUCAGACUUUGCACUUAUCACAUUUAACCAGUUGUUAAAUCUGAAAUGAGAUUGUACAUUUUAAUUUUCGCAGUGCACUAUUGACUGUUUUGCUACUUUUAAUUCGUAGUUGAGCCUCUUGUAAUCAUUGAAGCUCUGGCUUAAGAAAACAUAUAAGCCAGAACUUAAAUUGUAUUGACUAAAGCCUGUGCUUAAUGUUAAUAAGCACAUUCCUAAAUGCCAAACUGAAUCAGGGCCUGCUGCUGCUGGGGGAGAGUUACUUUGCUUUCUGUCUGAGGCUGGACCUGAAUGUACUGUUUACAGUUGUAUUUUUACUUGCAAAUAUUUUUCAGUAUUGAGUUAUGGUUUCUGUAUUGUUUAUCUUUCUACUGAGUUCUUAAAAAUGACAUUCACCUCACUGCUGAAAGCCUCAUGCAUCAUUUAAGCCCUACACUAAUGGAAUAAAUGGAGCAAUAGAAGGAUUUUGUGCACUGGAGUGAAGAAGUCUGUGAAGAGAAUGUUUUGUUUAUUUUUAUUGGAUCUGAGGACUACAGAAACAUUUGUUCUACUUCAAAAGCAGACCUCAAAUAAAGUAUCUGUAGGGCUACUAUUAAAGGGACCUAAAAAUCAAGAAGAAAAUAUGUUUACUAAAAUAUAUUUAAGUGUUUACUUUUCAGUUACAGCUAUACUAUCUUUAAAGCUGUCAAAUCCUCAGUGAAAACGUGGUUUCAGUAGCUACUAUAAAUAUUUUGUUUUGUAUAUGUAUAUGUACGUGCAUUCUCACUAUAUAUGUAUAAUUUUGCAUAGAGUUAGGUGCAUAUCUGCAGAGGCAUACUGAAUGUUGACGUCGCUAACCUGAGGAAAGUUCUUUUGGGAAAGUAGAUAUUAAAUUUUCAGUUGGGUUAUUUCAAAUGCAAAAAAAAAUUUUGCACCAAUUUCCUGACAUAUAAUUCUUGCACUACGCGUUUCAGACUGCUUUAAGACCUGCAAGAAUAAAUGUUUUCUUGCAAUACCUUGGUAGCUGCUGAUGCUUUAUUGUUCUUCUGACUUGUGGAAUGAUAGUGUAAUUUUCAGGGAAUGAAUGCUAAUUAUUUGAAUAAAUACUGUUUCUUUAAAAUAAA